UCGAUUUGGGGGGCGGGGCUGCUCGAUGCCGUCACCUCGGUCAUCACAGGUUACAAGUUAAUCAGUACUUGUAUGGUGGAUGCAUCAUGGAGCUAAAGAGUGCAGAUCAGUGGAAGGAGCUUCUUGCAAGUGUGGACAACUUUAUUUUUGACUGUGAUGGAGUGUUGUGGUUAGGAGAAGGAGAAGCUGUUCCUGGAGCACAAGAGGUCAUCAAACUUCUCAGAGAGAAGGGUAAGUCUAUCUACUUUGUCACAAACAGCAGUGGCAAAUCAAGAAAAGAGUAUUUGGUGAAUUUUGACCGUCUAGGAUUUGAGGCGUACAAGAAUGAGAUCUAUAGUGUUGGUUACGUAACUGCCCAUUACCUGAAGCAUGUGCUCAACUUUAAGAAGAAGGUCUACCUGAUGGGACUGUCUGGUCUUGCCCAAGAACUGGACCUGCAGGGCAUACCUCACGUCGGUGUUGGUCCUGAUCCGUUGGUGGGUGGACCGGCUGAAUGGCCCAAGAUAACUCUGGACCCUGAGGUGGGAGCUGUGGUGGUCGGUGCUGAUAGAGAAUUCAACUGGAUGAAGUUGAUAAAGGCAUGCAGUUAUCUACACAAGCCAGACUGUUUGUUCAUAGCAACCAACGAGGACACUAACCUUCCCAUGAAAUCUGACACCAUUAUCAUUCCAGGUAAUGGAUGUAUAGUGAGCAGCAUUAAAGUCGGCUCUGGCAGGGAGCCGAUAGUUGUGGGAAAACCACACUCACCCAUAUUUCAAGUAAUGCAAGACAGUGCCAAAUUGGAUCCGGCUAGAACACUGAUGAUUGGAGACACGUUGUCCACUGACAUAGAGUUUGGAAUCAGGAACGGAAUGAAAACAUUACUCGUUUUGACCGGGCUUUGCCAGAGGAAGGAUCUAGAGGAUCAGAAUGGAACCAAACCAGACUUUUUGUGUGAAUCUGUAGCUGCGUUUUUGACAUAUGGUUGGGGACUAGCUGGUGGUACUAGCAUAGAUGGUACUAGUACUGUGGGAUCGUCUGAGAGUUAUUAUUCAAGCAUCAUGGAGCUAAAGAGUGCAGAUCAGUGGAAGGAGCUUCUUGCAAGUGUGGACAACUUUGUUUUCGACUGUGAUGGAGUGUUAUGGUUGGGAUCAGGAGAAGCUAUUCCUGGAGCACAAGAGGCCAUCAAACUUCUCAGAGAGAAGGGUAAGUCUAUCUACUUUGUUAGUAACAACAGUGGCAAAUCAAGAAAAGAGUAUUUGGUGAAUUUUGAUCGUCUUGGAUUUGAGGCUUACGAGAAUGAGCUCUACUGUGUUGGUUACGUAACUGCUCAUUACUUGAAGCAUGUGCUCAACUUUAAGAAGAAGGUCUACCUGAUGGGACUGUCUGGUCUUGCCCAAGAACUGGACCUGCAGGGCAUACCUCACAUCGGUGCUGGUCCUGAUCCAAUGGUGGGUGGACCGGCUGAUCUGGCCAAGAUAACUCUGGACCCUGAGGUGGGAGCUGUGGUGGUCGGAUUUGAUAGAGAAUUCAACUGGAUGAAGUUGAUAAAGGCGUGCAGUUAUCUACACAAGCCGGACUGUUUGUUCAUAGCAACCAACGAGGACGCCAACCUUCCCAUCAAAUCUGACACCAUUGUUGCUCCAGGGACUGGCUGUAUAGUGACCAGCGUUAAGGUCGGCUCUGGCAGGGCACCGAUAGUGGUGGGCAAACCACACUCACCUAUAUUUCAAGUCUUGAAACAGAGCGUCAAUUUGGAUCCGACAAGAACAGUAAUGAUUGGAGACAGGCUGAACACUGACAUGGAGUUUGGAAUCAGGAACGGAAUGAAGACAAUACUCGUUCUGUCUGGAAUCAGUCAGAGGAAAGAUCUAGAGGAUCAGAGUGAAACUAAACCAGACUUCUUUAGUGAAUCCGUAGCUGGUUUAUUAGCAUGCAAAGACUGAAUUAUAGAGAAUCAGACAUUCAAAAUUGAACUACCCAGACUCUUUAGCAAAUCCGUAGCUGAUAAUUAUAAUGUCAGCAUGCCAACUUGAAUAUAUUAUUAUAAUUAUAAACUUGA